AUGGGGCAUGAAUGUUGCAGCCGGCCGGCUCCGGUGGCCGAGCUGACAGCUUCGCCAAUCAGGGCUUUGACGGAAGAGGCGAAUGCUGAUGACUGGACUCAAGAUUGUGCGGAAGACGACGACGACCCAGAAACGCCCAGUAUUCAGGCGCCGCAACAGACCGAAUGCGCCGCCAGCGUAUCAAAUGAUUGCUGCUUUUCUGGGAAAUGUGAAGACACUGGGACUGUGUCCAAUCCAGACACGCCUGAUUGCUGCCGUGGAAAACAAAGCCCAUGCUGUAAUGAAUCUUGUCUCGACCGGCUGGCAAUGCGCGAGUGUGGUAAAGACGCCCACGCGAAAACAUGUGCAGGGAGUUCCGACGGCAAGGCUUGCAACGAGCACAGUCUCUCCAUCCUGGACCGCUAUGGCGCAACUCUUCAAGCCCUUGGUUGCAUCUGCCGUGCUCUCAUUGCGCUUGGCCAAGAGACAUGUUGUGAAAUUCGCGAACGCCACUCACCAGGCGGUACCCCAUUGCUGAAUGCGAUGUCAACUUGCUCUCCUCCUCGCGGUUCUCUGGACUCCUGUUGCAACAGCGGCUCUAUCACGAGUGAAAAGGCCGCGCAGAACCGCCUUCGUCUUCGGAAGAAUCCCAGCGGGACUUGCUCGCCUUUCAAGGAACCUGAUUCGGUGAACUGUGCUCCCUCUCGCUGUGGCAAGUCUCAGCCAGCAACGAAACCUCCAGUUGAAAGCAAGUGCUUGAAACCUUGCUGCUCGAAGGGAGAAGCCGUCAACGACGCACCCACCGAGAGUAAAUGUGUCAAGCGUGGUUGCUGUCAGGCCUCAAUUGCAAAUUCCAAAACCGCGGUCAAGUCCUCUUCGUCUUGCUGCAUGGGUGGUGAUGUUACAAGUGGGGAGCCUCCCGCAAUUGGAGAUGUCAAUUGUUGCGCAUCCACGAACAAGGCCACUGAGGCGCGCUGUAGCAAGGGCGAGCUUGUAGAAGCUUGUUGCGGACCAGCUCUAAUUGAAGCCACUAAGUGUCUUCCAACUUCCUGCUCAGCAAGUUCUUGCGGGAAAUCAUCCACCCCUGCCACGCCGAAGGGUCCAGGGACUGUUUGCCCAAAAUCCUGCUGUGCGAAGGAGAGACUCACAAAUACUCAAGAUGCUUCCGGCAAGGGAUGCUGCCCCUUUCCAGCGCAGGGCCCUGAAUUGAAGGUUCACGGAAUGCCCAUCCAGGUAGUGCCAGACAUCGAGAACCAAGGUAUUGGCAACGAACAUGUCGUCCUUAGUGUUUCCGGAAUGACCUGUAUUGGCUGUGAGACCAAACUUAACAGAACCCUGACUACCAUGUCCGCUGUCAAGAAUUUAAAGACCAGUCUGAUUCUCUCUCGAGCCGAAUUUGAUAUAGAUCUUCGGCUCAGCUCCCUAGCAGACAUCAUGAAACACCUGGAACGGACGACCGAGUUCAAAUGUGAAAGAAUUCAGAGUCAAGGCUCUAGCUUGGAUAUAAUCACCUCUAUUGACCCUUUGAACUUUGUCAAGCAGACAUGGCCAGACGGAGUUAUUGAUAUGGAACCCAUGGACAAACAAACAGUACGAGUGGUGUUUGACCCCAAGGUCGUUGGAGCACGAGACCUCACUGGAGAAGUUUGGCGUACACCAAUUGAACUUGCUCCUCUACGUGGUGACCCUUCCUUGGAGGCUGGUAGCAAGCAUGUUCGCCAUAUUGCGUACAUGACGCUCCUGUCUAUCGUCUUGACGAUUCCGGUGCUCGUCAUGUCUUGGGCACCGCUACCUGAGAGAGAGCUGGCGUAUUCCUCUGCUUCAUGUGCCUUAGCCACCGUUGUUCAAGUUUUUAUCGCAGGGCCCUUCUAUCCUAAAGCUCUCAAGGCUCUUGUCUUUUCUAGACUUAUCGAAAUGGACCUGUUGAUUGUCCUGAGCACGAGCACUGCUUACGUGUUUUGCGUGGUUUCCUUCGGUUAUUUCGUUGCAGAGAGGCCCCUUUUGACCGGUCAAUUCUUUGAAACGAGCACUCUCUUGGUCACUUUAAUCAUGGUUGGCCGGUGGGUUGCAGCCAUUGCUCGCCAGCGGGCUGUUGAGUCCAUUUCUAUCCAAUCACUUCAGUCAUCAACAGCUAUGCUCGUCGAAGGAGAGAGCCAAACCGAUCGUGAGAUUGAUGUGCGACUAUUGCAAUACGGCGACAUUUUUAAGGUUUUGCCUGACACCAGGAUCCCUACCGACGGCACUGUUCUCACCGGAUCAUCUGAGAUUGACGAAUCUAUGCUUACUGGCGAAUCAACGCCAGUGGAGAAACAUCCUGGGUCUGUGGUGAUUGCCGGGUCAAUCAACGGAUCUGGUGUGAUUACCGUUCGGCUGAACAGGCUACCAAGUGAUAACACGAUCCGUGCCAUCGCCGCGAUGGUAGAUGAGGCUAAGCUCUCGAAGCCCAAGCUGCAAGACCUUGCGGAUCGGGUAGCGUCUUACUUCGUGCCAGUUAUAGUAGCACUCACAAUUAUCACAUUCGUCAUCUGGGUCGCAGUCGGCAUGACUGUUCGUGGGCAGGGAGGAUCAGAGGCGACGAUUCAGGCUAUCACGUACGCCAUUACUGUUCUAAUCGUCUCCUGUCCCUGUGCCAUUGGACUAGCUGUCCCCAUGGUAAUUGUGAUUGCAAGCGGAGUUGCUGCAGAAAAGGGCAUCAUUUUCAAGUCUGCGCAUGCUAUUGAAGUUGCACACCGAACAUCCCAUGUGGUAUUCGAUAAAACUGGAACCCUAACUCGGGGAAAACUUGCUGUCGCCAAAACGGACUGCGUCGAUAACGACACCCUUCCUCUCCUCCUUGCGCUCGUCGAAAACAGUCGACACCCCGUGUCGAUAGCAGUGGCUACUCACCUUAAAAACGCCGGGAUCACAACUUCAUUCACUCUCGAACCCAAUAGUCUCACUGGAAGAGGCAUUGAAGCCACCUGGGGUGGGCAGAUUCUUCGAGCAGGCAAUUCCCGUUGGCUAAGCUUAUCUACUAAUGAACAUGUACUACCAAUGCUUGAUCAAGGGCACACAGUCUUCUGCUUCACAGUUGAUAAUACUGUGAAAGCAGUCUUUGGUCUUGAAGACGAAAUUCGACCUGACGCCGCAGAGACUGUGAAGAACCUGCAAAAUAGAGGUAUCUCGGUACAUGUAGUCUCGGGCGAUGAUGAGAAAGCUGUGAAAGCCGUGGCUGCUACACUUGACAUUCCGGAUGGCAAUGUGCGGUCUCGAAGCUCUCCGCCUGAGAAGAGGGAUUACAUCCAAGAUUUGUUUGGCUCUUGUACAGAUCAAAAAAAGCCUAUUGUUGUGUUCUGCGGCGACGGCACCAACGAUGCCGUUGCUCUCGCCCAAGCUACAAUCGGCGUCCACAUCAACGAAGGCACAGAUGUAGCGCAAUCUGCCGCAGAUGUAGUUCUCAUGCGUCCUUCUCUGCGCGGCAUUCCCACCAUGAUGAACGUCAGCCGCAAGUCCGUCAACCGUAUCAAGUUCAACUUUGCUUGGAGCUUCAUCUACAACACCUUUGCGGUCCUUCUUGCCGCGGGUGCUUUUGUCAAUGCAAGGAUUCCGCCACAGUUUGCGGGACUAGGAGAGCUGGUGAGCGUGUUGCCAGUCAUUGCGGCAGCAGUGCUUUUGCGUUGGUCAGCGAUCUAG